ACACACACACACUAACACACUAACACACACACUCUGAGACAGGAAAGCCUUGAGUAGGGAUGCAGGUUUCUCUGCUUUUUGCCAAACCUGUUGAUGCAAAACACAAUCUUUUCUCCCAGUGGCUUCAGACCUCCAUCGCUUCACACUCUUCGUCAUCUUCGAGCUCUCACUGUUAACCAUCAGGCCUGCGGAGAUAUGGGAACAUUAUCGGGAUAGGAGGCGCAUUUAGCAGCUGUUUAUUCAGAUAAACUUCGAAGACUUUUCAAAGUAGAUUUUUCCAAGUGUUUCCAAGGGUUAAAAGGGGGAAACAUCUUCCAACUCUAAGGACACGUAAAACCAAAGACUGAAUCCCUGAGUGGAUUACUAAACUGAACAUGGCCUUUUCAUCCGAGAAGCACAAAUCCCUCUUCCCCCUCGUCCUCCUCAUCUUCGUUUCUCUCACCUGUUUAUGCCAGUCGACCAACACCAGCUCCUCGAAUACAACCAACACAACCCAAACCACUUCCUCUCCGUCCUCAAAUGUCACCCUGAAGAGAAUACCUGGCUGCAAAACAGGGCUGAACCCCAUCUAUAGGUACCUGUGUGACCGGCGGGCAGCGUGGGGCAUCGUGCUGGAGACCCUGGCCUCGUCUGGCUUCCUGUUCAGCAUCGCUCUGUUCCUCGGCCUCCUCCUCUGGUCCCUCUGGCUCUGCGUCUCCUUCAAGGAGCAGCGCAGCAGCAUCGGAGGAACCGUGUUCUCCAUGUCUCUGUUCCUGCUCGCCACCGCCGGGAUCUUCGCCAUCACCUUCUCCUUCAUCAUCAGACACACCUCUCAGACCUGCCCCACCAGACUCUUCCUCUUCAGCAUCUUCUUCUCCCUCGCCUUCUCCUGUUUGCUGGCUCGAUGCCUCGCUUUAUUGGGUUUUGCAGCGGCUCGAGGGUGGGGGGAACCGGCCCUCGCUUUGGGACUCUUCACCAUCCAG